AUGCGUCCAGGCAAAGCGCCCGGAGCCGAUGGUAUCACGGCUGGUUUGCUGAGGAAAGCAUGGCCGAUCCUGGGUGAGGAGAUGGUACGCCUCUUCAGAACAUGCAUAAUUGAAGCCACUUUCCCGCAAUCAUGGAAGUGCGCCAACUUGGUCGUACUGCUUAAACAAGGGAAAAAGGACGCUACGAAUCCAAAGUCAUACAGACCAAUAAGCUUGUUGCCUACAAUGGCAAAAUCACUCGAUACCCUUAUCAUUCAGGACUUGGAAACGGAAACCGAGUUAAAUAGUUAUGGCCAACAACACGGAUUUGUGCCAGGCAGGUCGACCAUCACGGCAAUGAAGUCCCUGUAUGAUUGGAUACAUGGUAGCAAUAGCAGGCACGUGUUCGGGGUGUUUCUGGACAUCACCGGGGCCUUCGACAACGUCGGUUGGUUCCCGCUAAUGUCCAGACUUGACGCGCUCGGCGCCUCGAUCAGAACAAUGAGACUAAUCCAGAGCUACCUCGUCAAUAGGUCAGCGAGCAUCGUGAUUGAGGGCAAACGAUACCAGCGAAUAAUAGAGCGAGGAUGCCCACAAGGGUCCCAGCUUGGUCCCACAUUGUGGAAGGUUGCCAUGACGGAGAUUGGCAACAUGCAACUGGACAACACAGCCAACAUGGUGCUGUACGCAGAUGACAUCGCGCUCACGGUGGCAGCGGCGAGGCCCCAAACUGCACACGGCAGAAUCGAAAGAUACCUCGAUGGCCUCAAAGCGUGGGCUAAGGCAUACGAGCUGGAAUUCUCGCCAACAAAAAGCCAGUUACUCAGCCUGAAAGGUGGACUAAAGCCCGGCUACUCGGUCGGCUUUGGCUCAGGAGAAAAUGACGCCAGGAUAGUGGCUGGAGCGACAGCGAAGUACUUGGGCGUCAUCCUUGACCCCAAGGAGAGCUUCUGGGACCAUGUGUCGUCCCUCAAGAAAAAAUCAGAGGCCAUGUACCGUAGAUUAAGACAAAUGACUUCGGCAAACUGGGGCAUGGGCCAAGCGGCGGCCAAAGUAAUCUACGAGGCGGUGUUCCUCCCUCGUGUUACGUACGCAGCAGAAAUCUGGGCCGAUGGAGCUUGCACUCUUAAGAAAAGCAUAGCAGAUCUCGGGAGCAUGCAGAGGGAACCACUCAGGGCAAUAACGAGCAGUUACAAAACAGCGUCAACUAACUGCCUCUCGGUCGUGGCGGGCGUACUCCCGCUCGACCUUGAGGUCAGGAGGGUGGCGCUGAAAUGUAAACUACGAACCGGUGGAAUGACCAACGAUGAAUAUGAGAUGGGACUCAGUGCACUCAUGGAGGAGUGGCAGGAACGGUACGACUCAGUCGAUAAGGGAGAUUGGACCAAAUUCAUGAUCCCGGACGUCGCCAGACGAUGCGAGCUACCAUUGGUGUUGGAUCAUUAUACAACGCAAUUCCUUACUGGGCAUGGAGACUUUCGAAGCAAGCUCUACAGUUUCAAGCUUCAACCCAGCCCAAAUUGUGCUUGCGGCAAUGGGGCAGAGACGGUAAGACAUGUACUCUUAGCUUGCACAAGGACGCAAGAGUUCCGCGAAGAGCUGAUAACCGUGAUGAUGGAAGAAGGGGUGGCUUGGCCCCCGGAAAGAGGAGCCUUCCUCAGUACAAGAAGGACAUAUGAAGCAUUAAGAAAGUUCAGUGAACGAAGCCUAAAGAACUGA